GGCGUGGUGUGGGACGCCCAAAGUCGUCUCGAUACCCUAAUGAGAUGGAUUCGAGUGCUCGACGCAGUGUCAAUGUAAAAUCAUGUAGCAUUUGUCGACGUCAAGGGCAUAAUAAGAAAACUUGUGCAGCUAGGGGUGGUGUUGGAUCAUCGGGGUCUCAUGGAGCCGACGAUCCAUCCCGGCCCACGUGAUACUUCGGUUUUGACGUUGCAGGCGGAGCAUAGGAGUGAGGAUGUUUGGGGAGGGGGUAUGGACAGGCUUUUGACGUGUCGGGAGCACGUGCUUGGUUUAGGAGAGUGGGUGAUACAUGAUCGAGUCUUGGAGUUUGUUAGAUUAGCAGGGUUCUAUGGUGUACAUAGAUUGGUUGGUGGUGGAUUAGCCUUAGAUAGGUCUUUGAUCACAGCAUUGAUUGAGAGAUGGAGACAGGAGACGCACACUUUUCAUUUGGCUGUUGGUGAGGCUACUAUUACUCUGCAGGAUGUCGCUGUUUUGUUGGGGCUCAGAGUUCAUGGGGCUCCUGUCACAGGGGAUGGUACUGGGGUGUGGUCAGCUUUAGUCGAGGAGUUGUUAGGGAUACGACCAGAGCCUGGUGAUGAUGGAAAACCUGUUCUCCAGGGUUCAUCAUUGAGGAUGACUUGGUUGAGGCGACACUUCAGUCAGGGCCCCCCUGAUGACGCUGCUGAUAUUGUUUAUGAGAGGUUUAGCCGAGCAUAUAUUCUUGCACUUAUGGGGUCCAUUUUGUUUGCUGAUAAGAGCGGUGAUGCCGUGCAGCUCGUCUACUUGCCAUUGAUACGCGACUUGCGUAGAGCUGGGACAUACAGCUGGGGGAGUGCGACCCUUGCUUAUUUGUAUCGACAGAUGUGUCGAGCCGCUCGUAGACGAUCCCGUGACAUUGGUGGUCCACUUAUACUUCUGCAGUUAUGGUCAUGGGAGCAUAUUCACAUUGGUCGUCCGAGGAUUUCGAGAGUUCGCGAUGCUCCACCUCCUGACCCAGAGCAUCCUAUUGAGGUCGACGAUCCAUCUAUUCUUGGUACUCAGCAUCAGCGUGGAGUGGACCCCUUAGCAUGCAGUUGGCUUAGGGUUCACUUUUCAUGUGGCCAUACAGCUAGUGGACUCUCUUUCUUUAGGGAUGCACUUGACCAUCAAAAGGAGACACAGAUGACUUGGCAGCCAUAUUCAGAGACGGUACUUGGUUUACUACCCGAGAUUUGUAGAUGUGAUAGAGAUAUAUGGCGCUCAGUUGUACCGUUGAUUUGCUUUGACAUUGUUGAGUACCACUACCCAAAUCGAGUGAUGCGUCAGUUUGGAUUGGAACAGUCAGUUCCCGUUGCGUGUGACACGAGUGUUGAUCUUCAUAAUGUGGAUCGACGGCAUAAAAACAAGAAGUUUGAAGAGAUGCAUCGCAAAUAUGUGGAGGAGUGGCGUGAUCGUGAGAGUCGGAUUGUUCAAGGCACUCCUUUUGCCGGUCAUCGUGAGAGGAUGAAGGAGUAUAUGGAUUGGUAUUGUAGCAUCACGAGACUCCUCAUUACUCCUGUUACACGAUCACCCCCCACCACUCAUUAUCAGCCGUCUUCCUCUGAUAUUAUUUUGUCACAUGCAUUGGCUGAUCUUGCCUCAAGAUGCACUCGAGCUGUGGAUUCUGCGUUAGAGUUACCUCCCAGUUUGGCCCUUCCUCUCACUCUUGAUACGUUACGCAAUUUGAGUUCCUCUUGCAUUGAGACCUUAUCAAGAGUGGGGCAAGAACAUAUCCUCCAACAAUAUGAUUUAGCCUCGUCUCAGUGUACACCCGACACCUCCACCUCACAUGUUUCUCGAGGGCGUGGUUUUCGACCACCACGUGCACGCCCUCCACCACUUACUCCUCCUCUACGCCCUCUAGCACUUACUUCUCCACACCCUCCACCACCACCUUCUCCACGCCCUCCACCACCACCUUCUCCACGCCCUCCACCUCUUACUCCUCCUGCAUCUCCGCCAGCAUCACAAGUUAUUUCAUCUCCUCCUUUGCAGCUUCUCACUUACCGGCGACAAAAGGGUUGCUCUCCUAGUCAACGUCCCGAGCCAAUUGCCGAGGAGGAUGAGUCCUCAUUUUCAUCGUCCGAGCAUUCAAAGAAACAACGUAGAACUUAGAUUUGAGCUACAUUAGAAAUUUUGUGUAAUCUUUUGUUCUUUUUGCUAGUAUUGGAACUUUUAGAACUUUUAGAAACUCAUGUGUCAUUAUUGGAACGAUUGAACUUUUGGAAAUUUUUUGUUUGCACUCUUC